AUGCGUCAAGGGUGCGUUUUAGUGCAAGACAGAAGAAAGAACAAAGAACUACUCCUAUUCAAUUCUUCAAUCUUUUUAACCUUCUCGAGAAUUUGCACUUCUCUCCAAUCGACAACGUCAACAGCAGCAGAAACAUUACCAAAUAUGCCACGCCAGGGCCGGAAAAAAGGAAAUCGGGACGACGCGUACAAGCCCGGCAAGGAUGAUGAUGACAUUAUUGAUUUCGAUGAUGAUGAUGUAAUAGAAGCUAAGCCGACAGCAAAACCGACAGCAAAACCAGCAAAUGUUACACAGCCAGCAAAGGGUAUACAAAAGAGCCCUUCUAAAGGAACUCCCAGACCUCAAAACGUAAAAGGAGCCCCCAAAGGCACACUCAAAGGAACGGCCCGCUCAAGCCCCAAACCAUCCACAACCAGCGCCUACAAAAAGCCCUCUCCACCCCCUCAGACCAGCACCGCCGCUCCCUCCUCAACCACGAUUAAGACCCCCUCCCCAUCCGACCCUUAUUUCUGCUGCCACCAGCCACUCCCGCUCCCCUCCUCCUUCCCGCUCGUCCUCCAACCCUUCUACACUUUCCUCGUGCAAUCACUCUCUCGAAAAUUUCACCCCCCGCCUCUCGCUUCUGUUCCGCCCUCUACUACUUACUAUCGCUUUUCACAUUUGUGUUUAUCGACGUGUACGGAGGUGCAUCGAUAUUUUAUAAGUUUGGAUCCGAGGAAUGAGACGGAGGGGGUUUUUGUAGAGGGUAGUGAGGAGAUGGUGUUGGGGAAGGCGGGGGCGUUGGAUGAUGGGGGAGGGGAUGGGGUUGGGGAUGGGGUUGGGGCCCCAGAGGUCAGGAGGCAGGAUGUUAUGAUUCUGAGUCGGAAUGCUAGGUGUGAGGAUCAUAUGAAAGAGGGGUUUUGGUAUGUUUUGAUGAGGGUGCAGCAGAUUGAGGAGGGCAGGAAGGAUGUUGCGAUUGUGGGGACUGCGACGGUGGGCGAGGAUAUGGUUCCUGAGGGGGGAAAGGAUGCGGAUGCGGAUAAGGGGGUGGGGGAGGCGGAUUUGGGAGAUGAGAUGGACCAUGAGAUUGAUUUGGAUUUGUAUACGUAG